AUGACCGUCACACGGCUCGACCAGGGCCAGCGCUACCGCCCGAGGAUGGCCUUCCUGAAAAAGAUUGAAACACUCAUGAUGGAGAUGCAGAACCCAGACACGGGAAUCAAGACACAGACACAGACUGUGAUGGUCACCAACAUCCCCCACGCUGUGACAGGUAAUGGUAUAAUGCAGUGGAUUCUUCAGCGCUUGCAGAUCACUGCAGAAGAGGCACUCCACCUGGGAGACCUGUUUGUCAAAUAUGGAUAUAUCUACCCUCUUCAGGAGCCAAAGAACCUCACCCUCAAGGCAGAUGGCAGCCUCUACAGGUUUCAAACCCCCUAUUUCUGGCCAGUGCAGAGCUGGGCUGCUGAUGACACAGACUAUGCAAUUUAUCUAGCAAAGAAGAACAUUAAAAGGAAAGGGAUUUUGGAAGAAUAUGAAAAGGAACAUUACAACAUGCUCAAUCAAAAAAUAAACUACAAGUGGGAUUUUGUUAUCAUGCAGGCCAAGGAGCAGUAUAAGGCAGGGAAGGAGCGAAAGAAGGAGGACAGGUACGCCCUGGACUGCCAGGAGAGAGCCUACUGGCUUGUGAACAGAACUCCUCCGGGCAUGCUGGAUGUCCUCGAGUAUGGAUUAGACCGUGUGACAGAUCCCAAUGAAAAUAAGGUAAACCAGAAAAAUACUAUGGAAUUCUAUAGGAGAGAGAUCAUGUACUAUCAGCAGGCUAUCUUGAAGACCAGAGUGAAGUCUUCUGUCUCUCUUGGAGGGAUUGUGAAGUACUCUGAGCAGUUCCUCUCCAAUGAUCCCAUCCUGUCUGGAUGUCUCCCCAGCAACCCUUGGAUAUCAGAUGACCCUGAGUUUUGGGAUCUCAAUGCAAAGUUGGUGGAGGUGCCCACCAGGAUGCGUGUGGAGCGAUGGGCUUUCAACUUCAGCGAGCUGAUCCGGGACCCCAAAGGCCGCCAGAACUUCCAGCUCUUCCUGAAGAAGGAGUUCAGCGGAGAGAAUCUGGGUUUCUGGGAAGCCUGUGAGGAUCUCAAGUAUGGAGACCAAUCCAAGGUCAAAGAAAAAGCAGAAGAAAUCUACAAGCUCUUCCUGGCUCCAGGGGCAAGGCGCUGGAUUAACAUCGAUGGCAAAACAAUGGGCAUCACAGUCAAAGGCCUGGAGCACCCUCAUCGUUAUGUUCUAGAUGCUGCUCAGACCCACAUUUACAUGCUGAUGAAAAAGGACUCCUAUGGCCGCUAUUUAAAGUCUCCAAUAUACAAGGAAAUGCUGGCCAAGGCUGUUGUGCCACAAGAGGGUGUCAAAAAAAGCACGGGUUUGUUCGGACGCCGCCACCUCCGCUCCAGCCCCAGCCCCAUCAUCCUGAGGCAGCAGGAGGAGGAGGCCAAAGCCAGGGAAGCCGCCAACACCGUGGACAUCACGCAGGUCAUGAGCAAGCUGGACCGCAGGAACCAGCUCCAGAAGGAAGCUCCUCCCAAGUAG